UUUGCGACAGAAUGAAGGCGAUAAGUAUUAUCCUAUUGUGUGCCGUGCUCGCCGUGAUGGCUUCCUUAGUUGUCUGUAAGCCCGCAGAUAACGCUCCCACCGUAUCCGUGCUGCGGUAUCGUAAUGACCAGGAUCUGGAGGCCAUUCAGCAAGCUAUCAUUGCGCAGUACAACCAGAUCGGAGGAACCACUCAAGUGCACGCUCCGCUCAAGGCUAACGUUAUAAACCCAUCAAAUUUUAGAGUCAACUUGUAAUGCGCCUGCUGGAAAUAAAUGUUAUAAAUUUUGUGUGUUUUAAAACAUUUAAA